AUGACGCUCCACAAAGCCCACACCUGCCACUCGUCAAGACCAGUGACCGUCCUCGGCGCAGGUAUUCUCGGUCGUCGAAUUGCGGCUGUUUUCCUCGCUGGAUCUUAUACUGUGCAUCUUUUUGAUCCUGAUCGGAAUGCGCUCUCUGCCGCGGAGUCGUUUAUCAAAUCCUCUGAGGAGGCAUUCACUGUGCUGACGCCUUUGCCACAUCCUGAGCGCGGAAGGUUAUCUCUCUUCUCGGAUAUGAAGAGUGCGGUUGAGAAUGCAUGGCUGGUCGUCGAGGCAAUUCCAGAACAGCUUCCUCUCAAGGUUAAGACCUUCGAGGAAGUCGAUCGAUACGUGCCCGUGGAUUGUAUUCUCGCGUCGAAUUCGAGUUCGUUCAAGUCAAGACUUAUGGUUCCUAAAUUGAGCGAGGAAAGAAAAAAGAGGGUGAUGAAUAUGCAUUUCACUAUGCCACCGGAGAUACGAAUAGUGGAGGUGAUGACUUGUGGUUGGACAGGGGAGGACUUGAUGGAUGGAUUGAUGGAGGUGUUGGAGGAGUGUGGAAUGUGUCCGAUUAGGGUACGGAGGGAUAGUACUGGGUUUGUAUUGGGCCGUGCUUGGGCAGCCAUCAAACGAGAAAUCCUAAAUAUUCUGGCUGAAGGGGUCAGCGCCCCCGACGAGAUUGACUUCCUGUGGAAAGAAAUGUUUCAGCGCCCCACGAGUGGCCAGCCGUGCCAGUUGAUGGAUCGGAUUGGAUUGGAUACAGUUGCAGCUAUCGAGGAUAACUAUAUUCAGGAAAGGGGGAUGGUUGAGAAUAAGGCAGUUAAUUGGUUACGAGAGAACUAUAUCAACAAAGGGCGAAUAGGUGAUAAGUGUGAUUUGGGAGGUUUGUAUCCCGCUGAGCAGGACGGUAUGUCUGAGAAACUUUAUGUUUUGGAUGUUGGUAUCGGGGAGAAUAAUGCAUUGCGUGAUGCUGCAGCGUCGGGUCGUAUUCUCGCAGUGUCUCCAAAGAGUGGGAAGAUGACUACCCUUGUCAGUGGGCUAUCGUAUCCGGAUGGAAUUGAUAUUUCUCGUUCGUGUGGAAGGAUGUUCUGGACGAGCAUGGGGCACGCUUUAUCUGCCUGUGACGGGUCUGUGCAGUCAGCUAACCUCGACGGGAGUGAUGUUCGCACGCUUUUGAAGCCCGGGACUGUGCAUACACCAAAGCAGCUCGUUGUCGACGACGUGGAUCAUAAUUUAUAUUUCUGCGAUCGCGAGGGGAUGAGUUUGCACCGAUGUAACUUUGACGGAACUGGUCAUCAGAUUAUUAUUCAGUCUGGGUCGUUGAAAGUACCAUCUGAAAGGAAGGACAUGAUUCGAUUUUGUGUGGGUGUAGCCCUUGAUUGGGCGAAUAGGCGUAUUUACUGGACCCAGAAGGGGCCGAGUAAAUCUGGAAAAGGGAGGAUAUUCCGGGCGGGGAUGGACAUCCCUGCUGGGCAGACAGCCGGCAGCAGAACUGAUAUUGAGUGCUUGCUAGAGGGACUCCCGGAGCCGGUUGAUUUGGAGUAUGAUACUCAGACACACAUGCUCUACUGGACGGAUCGCGGUGAGCAUCCUACGGGCUGCUCCCUGAAUCGGGUUGAUGUUAGUGGCGAUACCGAUAAAGAGACAUUGGGAGGCAAGAUUGAACUACUGGCGAGGCAGUUCCAUGAACCUAUUGGAUUGAAACUGACGAAGAAGGGUGUUUAUAUCACCGACUUGGGUGGAUGUGUGUAUCUGGUAUGCGGGAGGAAGAAGACAGUGGUAACUCAAGGAGAAGGAUGCUUCUCUGGACUUGCUACACUGCAAUAG